AUGGAAAGACUUGGUCAGGUUAAGAUAAUAGCAAACAAUCUCAAGACGAGCUCGAAAAAGGCGGUGCAAGCGCUACACAGAUUCGUUUUUGAGCAAGAUGGUGAUAGAAGUAAUCGGAAACGGCUACGAGAAUUCAUAGGCUUCCCAUUCGCUACAGAUUCGGAUGAGUACAAAACAAAGAUUGCGUACGUAGAAGCUAACCUUAGCUGGGCAGACUUAGUAUCGGUGUGUAAUGUUUUAGCGGUCGAGUAUGCUGGAACAAAAAGGGAAUUAAGCCAGCGCAUAUGUAAUGCCCUGAUUAACCUUAAUUCGCUCAAUGCCAUUAGCGAAUCGAAUAGAGAAGAAAAUGCAGAGGUUGACGACGUGCAAAAUAAGGAAUCGAGUGAAGACGAGGAAGACAAAGGACGGCAAAAGAAAAAAGACGAAAGAGGAAACAAAGACGAAGAGGGCGAAGACGAAGAGGACGAAGAUGAAGAGGGCGAAAAUGAAGAGGAUAGGUUAGUCGGAGCAGCUGUCAGAUCGACUAAAGCUAAAUUUACUAUGACGUUCAGAGAUGUGGAAGAUUCUAUAAGACAUUACGACGGAGAUGACAAAUACCCGGUGGAACGCUGGAUAAUGGAUAUCGAGGAAUCAGCCGAAUUGUUUGGUUGUGAAAGAGGGUUGACAUCAUGGAAGAAGUUAAAGAAAGCUCUUAAGGAUGAAUUCAGCCAUAAAAUGAAUAGUGCUGAAUUACACAAGGCGCUAAGUAAGAGAAGAAUGAAGAAGGAUGAAUCGGUACAGGCUUAUUAUCUAGCUUUGAAAGAAAUAGCUAGUAGAGGUGACAUCGAAAACGAGGCAUUAUAUCAUUACGUUAUAGAUGGUAUAGAUGAUAAUACGGCCAAUAAAAGUAUUUUGUACGGAGCAAAAAAUGCAAAGGAGUUUAAGGAAAAGUUAAAGGUGUACGAAAAAAUGAAUGAAAAAAUGAAAGCUAGGAUUCCGGUCGUCAGCCACAGAUCGACUGAGUGUGAAUCUAAGAGCAAAGGCGUGAAAUGUUUCAACUGCAAUGAGUUUGGUCACAAGGCUUUUGAAUGUAAAAAAGAGAAAGUAAAAGGGAAGAAAGAAGAAGGAGUAUCAACAAAGACCGAGUCAGUAAGCAAUUUGAACGCGCCGAGAAGGAUGUACAAGAUGAUUGAGUUACGGAAUGAAAAAUUGAAUGCUCUAAUUGAUACGGGCAGUCAAGUUAACAUUAUUAGCGAGAACGCGUAUAAAAGGAUUGGCUCACCGAAAUUAACUAAAUCUACGCUGUGCUUUUCAGGAUUCGGAAGAAAUGAAGUAGAGCCUUGUUGGAAACAUCAUACUGUCGUUGAGCAGCUUUUUUACGAGCAACGACAGUUUAAAGAUUCCGACACUGUCGUUAAGAGUUAUAGAAUCGGGGUACAGGAAAAGCUGCAUAAAUGGUUGCGCGACCAACCAAAAACCUUCCUAGAGGAAAUACAGAAGUCUGUGAAUCGCUGGACCAAGUCCAGCAGCUUGAUUCAUACUUACGUAUUGAUUGAUGUUCUUACAAAAUCGGAUACAUUAUUUGAUGAUGACAUUGAAAUUCUCGAAGAAUAUGAUAACAUCGAAGCUACAGGGAAUAAAAAUUCAUUGAGUACUUACGAUGAGAAUGCUAUUGCAUAUUUUGCUGGAUAUGUUGCACGAAAAAGCUUAGAAAAAACUAAUUGCGAUCAUUGUCGUAAUAUUAUAAUGAAGACACCAAUGGAUGAAGCAACAGCUAAUGAAAAAUAUAUAGAGCGAAAGUAUCCAAAUCCUGAUGAAGAUGCUCCUACAGUUACGAAAUUAAUACGACCGACAACUCUUUUUGCAAAGAUGGUCGAAAUUCAAUUACAUACAUUUAAUUGUAAUUGGGAACGAUAA